AUGACGACGCCGACAGAGCCCCUCAUUCGGCUCUCUUUUGUCAGCGGCACACCAUCGCAAGCCCAUGAGCCAGAAAAGGCUCUUGGCUACGUACAGACCAAGUCCCCGGAUCCGUCCUCUCUUGAGGGUGGUGCUCUGCGUGAGGGUGGAGCCCCGAUCCUUACCAGUCGCGACAGUAUUGGUCUCCUCUUCCAAUACGCUGCAGUGGGUAUCAACUACGGCCUGCUGCCCACUACCAUCUACCCUUUUCUACAGCAAUACCUGAACGCAACGGGGUCCAAUUUCAAGGUGUUUUAUGGCAUUCUUUCGGACUGCGUGCCUCUAUUCGGAUACCGUCGCAAAGUCUGGAUGCUCAUCGGUUGGACUAUGUGUCUCAUUAUGCUGAUCGUCAUGGCUGCGUCUCCUGCUGGUGAGCCGUACUACACGGUACCGUCCGACCGCGACAUCGACCCUGCUGAUUACACGCCGGAGAUUGAGGCUCGCAUCAACUUUGACGCGGGCAACCAGGCUGGCAAAUACGUCAUGCUCAUGUUCUUCGCCGCUAUUGGCUACGUCCUAGCUGACGUCUGCGCCGACAGUAUCGUGGUGGAAUACGCUCAACGGGAGCCUGUUGAAAAGCGCGGCACGAUUCAGUCUGCCAUUUACGCGGUUCGCACUGUAUUCGUCAUCAUUGGCCAGCUUUUGGUUGGUUUCUGCUUCAAUAGUGAGGCGUACGGGGGUCAGUUCGACUUCUCGCUGAACUUCCCACAAUUAAUGGCCAUCGUCGCUGACAAGCAGACGAGAGUGCCAUUCCGAAAGUACAUGACCGAGUUGUGGGACCUGAUUCAAAAGCGUGCAGUCUACCAAGUCGUUUUCUACCAGUUCUUCCAGAACGUCUUCUCUAACAUCUCGUACACUGCCAGCUCUCCAGUGCAAUCGUACAUGGUCGGCGUCACUCCGACCAACAACACUAUCAGUGAGAUUAUUAGCAACGUGCUCUUCAUGGGAGGCAUCAUGGCUACGUCCAAGUGGGGUCUGCACUGGAACUGGCGCACAAUGAUCCUCUUUACGGGUAUCUUCGUCAUCCUCGCGGAUGGUAUUACGACUUUCCUUACAAUUUGGAAUGUGUUCCGUAGCCAGUGGUUCUGGCUCGGUAUCCCGAUGGCCGUGCAGCUCCCGUACGGUGUGGGCUGGAUGAUCGGGAAUUUUGUCAUUGUCGAGCUGUCUGGUAUCGGCAAUGAAGGGGCCAUCUACGGUCUUAUUACUAUGGUCGGCAACUUGUCGUCUCCGUUUGCACAAGCGUUGACGCUAGUGAUUAAUCAGCCCCUUAACUUGACUACAGCUCGUAUCCAGGCCGACGACACGUCCAUCCGAACAGACCUCACCUACGCGGUGUUGAUCAUGUACGGCAUGACCAUCUUUUCAUGGGUCUUCCUGGUUUUCCUUCCUCGACAGAAAGAGGAGACGCAGGAGUUGCUCCGCACGGGUGGGAGUAGCAAGGUUCUGGGUGCUCUCGCGGUCUUCUACGUCAUGUUCGCGUUCGUUUGGUCCCUCAUGACCAAUAUCAUGGCCAUGUAUGAAUCCACAUCGUGUUUGAUAAUAGCUGGUGGCAAGGGAUGCUAG